GCGCAGGGACCGCCGCAGCCUGUAGUGAUGAUGUUGUGGAUAUGCAUGCCGAUGAGACCUCUCCCAGAGUUAUCUAAAACAUAAAAUCAUCUGUCGAGGGGUCACCACGCAUGGAGUUAAGCUCAGAGCGAGUGGUGGCAACACUUGAAAUGUCGCAGGUAAAAAGCCAAGACCACGGGGCUUUUAACAGUGAUGUGGACUAUGAGAGCUUGCCACCUCAUGUCCCUGUGACGAUACACAUGACAGCGGGAGCUGUGGCUGGUAUUCUGGAGCACACCGUGAUGUACCCCGUGGACUCUGUCAAGACACGGAUGCAGAGCCUGCAGCCAGAUCCAAAUGCACAGUACAGAAGUGUGUAUGAAGCACUGAAACGCAUUAUCAAGACUGAGGGCAUCUUCAGACCGUUUCGGGGCCUCAACAUCACCAUGUUGGGAGCUGGACCAGCACAUGCUCUGUACUUUGCGUGCUAUGAACGAGUCAAACGCCCGCUAAGUGAUGUCAUUCAGAAUGGGCGCAACAGUCAUUUAGCAAACGGUGUUGCAGGUAGUGUGGCCACAGUUCUCCAUGAUGCUAUAAUGAAUCCAGCUGAAGUGGUGAAGCAGAGGAUGCAGAUGUACAAUUCUCCUUACCGGGGUCUUUGGGACUGUGUCCAAACCAUCACCCGUACAGAAGGGAUUGGGGCCUUCUACCGCAGCUAUAGCACUCAGCUGACCAUGAACAUUCCCUUUCAGGCAGUCCACUUCAUCACAUAUGAGCUAAUGCAGGAGCAGCUGAACCCUGACAGACUCUACCAUCCAGGCUCUCACAUAGUGUCCGGUGCAGCAGCAGGGGCUGUGUCCGCCGCUGUAACCACUCCUUUGGAUGUGUGUAAAACAUUGCUCAACACUCAGGAGAACGUGGCACUCAACUCCAUGAACAUUAGUGGGCACUUGUCAGGCAUGGCUAAUGCCUUUAGGACCGUGUACAGGCUUGGGGGCAUGGCAGGCUUCUUUAAAGGCGUCCAAGCAAGAGUUAUAUAUCAAAUGCCCUCGACAGCCAUCGCCUGGUCUGUGUAUGAGUUCUUUAAAUACUUCUUAACAAAGCAGCACCUGGAGGAGGACUAGGUCUCUUUCAGGAGGAAGUAUCUUUUUGAAACAAGGAAGGACCAUUCUCACUCUGUGGUAGAGGUGUGUUACAAUGGCCCUCUUUUGUUCACACUGAAAUUCUUUGUGUGGCACAACCAACUUUAUGCAACAUAGAAAAUGUCAAAAAGAUGAAAGCCAUUUUGUUCCUCUUUUUAGUAAAUGCAUGAUAUUGAUAACACACUUUCAAUGUUUGGUUAAAACUGGAGCAUAUUGACAAAUUUCUAUAGUUUAUUGGUGGAAAGUUUUAUUUAUUUUUAUAUUUUAAGAAUUCUGUUUGCUUGUAUGAUUCCAUUGUGUAUUUAUAAUGGACUAUGAGAACACAUUCCAAUGUGUUCUCAGAUGGACCAGUGGCAGUUUUUAAACUACUACAUAAACCACCGAGGUGGCUUUGCCUUUAUGUUGAGAAUCUGUUGUAACAAUAAUUGUCUGCACAGAUACUCAAGGACAGUGUCCCCCGAUUGACCCAAUGAGAGUACAGUGCUUUGUGGAGGCACCACACCAUCUGUUAUAAUGACCUUUCUGAUUUGUAUUACAUCCACUGAAGUAAGCUGUGACAGGGUUCACAUACUACAUUAAAUAUAUAAAAGUUUUUAAUGCUGUCCACCUUAGUUUCAUUUACAGCCACUUCCAGCAUUUUUAUCUCUCACUGAGUUGUGAGGACAUUCCUGUAUAUAUUAGUGUUAUUCAGAAAAAAGUACAUCUAUUUAUUUACAAGAAUAGAGUUUAUAGCAAUAGCAGAGAUUUUGCACCAAAUGGAUCAUGCUAAUAUUUUAUACAUUAUCAAGUUGCUCUUCUCAAGAACUUGUAAAUUUUAUGUCUAUUUUGAUCUAUUAGAAUAUAAAAACAUUUCAACAUCUCAGCACCUGAAUAGUUCAUAAUCAUUAAAUUUUCAGUAUGUUGGAAAAAUAUAUUUUACAUGCUUUGAUUAUAAAGCUACCGCCUUUUAACAAAAGCUUUUUAAUUAUUCCUUUUCUUAUGGGAAACAGUUUUUAUACCAUGUUUAUAUAUAAACCACUUGGUACUGAUAUUGCUUCUGACCUGUCAUUUUUAUCAAAACACAUAGACACUAGUCUAUGUGUAUGUGUGUACAAUGGUGUUUAUGUUGAUUGUAUUUGAUUAUGAAGUUAUCUGCUCAGCCAAAAGGAGAUGCUAUAGAUGUGAAUGUCUAUCAGCCUACCGCUAGAAGCGCACAAGGUUGAGGUCACUUUUGAAGUGCCAUUUUGUGUACAAUAAUGCAAUAUCUAUUGUAAAUAAAUUCUAUAGUUUGUGACACUGGACAUUAAUAAAAAUGAAAGUGCAUAUAA